AUUCGACUUGACGUCAUUUUCCCUUCUUUUGUUGACUUCGUUUUUAUUUCUUUAUUUCUUUCCAUUUUCCGGAGCGAGAGAGAGAGACUGGUCCCCAAAACCCCAAAUAGAAGUAUGGAAUGAGAGUAUUUGGCGGUGCCGAUUGAGAUAGAAGAAGAAGAAGAAGCCCAAGGCACGAGCUAGCAGAGAGAAGGAGACGGAGAGAAAGAUUGGCACUGUCACUGGAUUUGCAGAAGAAAAAAAAACCCCACCCUUGUUUUCUGGAGGAGAAGGGAACAAGGAGUUUGAAAAUCACUAAGCCAUUGCCAAGUACUGAACUUUUAGGCAUCAAUGCAAAACCUGUUUUUGACCCCGAAAAAAAUGUCAAACGGCCCAAACCUUUCAGAAGAUAUCAUUGAAGACAUUCUCUCUAGACUUCCUGUGAAGUCUGUGUGUAGAUUCCGGUGUGUAUCGAAGUUAUGGCUCCAUCUCACCACUCAACCCCACUUCAUCCAAGCUCACCUGAAGAGAACCCAGAGUCGCAAACUCCUUAUCAGUUCUACAAAUUCUCUCUUCUCCUUGGACCAUCUCGCACCUAUAGAUGAUGAUUUGUUACCCCUGGAGCUUGAUUUUCCACUCAAGGGCGGCCAACCCCUCCUUCCUUUGAUCCAAACCUUUGGUUCGUGUAAUGGAUUGGUCUGCAUUAUGCCCGUGCCAGAAAAAUUCUUUAUAUUCAAUCCUACCACCAGAGAUUGCUUGAGGGUACCGGAUUGCCCCAUGCCGAUUCAUGUUUGUCCUGGACAAGACAGCCGUAAUGGUUAUCAUAGGCACAGUUUUGGUUAUGCUCCUUCUAUCAAUGACUACAAGUUUGUGAAGGUUGCUUAUGGAUGCAUGGUGCAUGUGUUUUCACUGAAAAACAAUUCAUGGAAAAGGGUUCAAGAUUUUCCUUACAAACAUCUUCUGGACGAUUCCACAACAUUUCUCAAUGGAGCUGUGCACUGGUUAUGUGACCCCGUCGGAGUUGGAGCUACCUAUGUCAUUGCUGCAUUUGAUUUAGCAGAAGAGAAGUUCUUAGACUUGGCACCACCUGAUUCAGUCACAAAUCAUACUAGAUUUACGAUUGGCGUUUUGGGAGGGUGCCUUUGUUUGCUACACAAGAGCAGUAUGAAGCAACACUCGUUUUGGGUCAUGAAAGAGUAUAAUGUGAAGGAGUCUUGGACGAGGAUCUUGAUCACUGACUCAUAUUUUUCUCUACAGCCGUUGUGUUACUGGAAGGAUGGCAAGAUAUUACUGGUGAGAAAUCGAAAGCAAUUACUACUGUGCAACACGAAGAACGGAACUUGUAAAAAGUUCUUGGUAAAUGGCCUUCCGUUUCCCAUCUUUGCUGACGUGUAUGUGGAGAGCCUGGUGUCUCCAAACUUUCAGCAGAACUAGUGAUUGCGUGUUUAAACCAGUGCGUACGUUUCUACCUCUUUCGGUCUAUGCAUCUUUUGUGUUUGCUACCCAAUUCUUGUAUGGAACUCAGCAAGUUUAUGUUUUGUUGUUAAUGAAGUUGUUCUCUUGUGUUUGCUUUGGUGAAA